AUGCGCGCGCCUAGUUUUGCAGAGAUUGCCUUUGUGCUGGUCAACGGCCUCUUGGUCAGUGCCGACACCACGACCACCAUCGACGCCAAGUCAAACUGGGGAACCUGGGAAGGAUGGGGCACGAGUCUUGCCUGGUGGGCCCAGCAGUUUGGCGACCGAGAGGAUUUGGCGGAUAUUUUCUUCACCCUCAAAGACACCACAUUUGCCGGCCAGACCCUGUCGGGUCUGGGCUUUUCUCAUGCGCGCUACAACGCCGGUGCAUGCAGCUGGAACACAAUUGGUACAGACAAAAUGGUUGUGUCACCCAAUGUCAAGAGGUCGAGGCAGAUGGAGGGAUUCUGGCUGGACUGGAACAGCCAGGACCCCAACUCGAACAGCUGGAAUUGGUCUGUGGACGUCAACCAGCGAAAGGCACUUCAGCUAGCGAUAGCCAGAGGUGUCACCAAGACUGAGCUUUUCAGCAACAGCCCAAUGUGGUGGCAAACUAAGAACCACAACCCCAGCGGUUCAUCUGACGGAUCAGAGAAUAUCCAGUCCUGGAACCUCGAGCAGCAUGCUGUCUAUAUGGCGACCGUCGCCCAAGUCUUUAAGAGCAAGUACAACAUUGCAUUCGAGACUGUCGACCCAUUCAACGAGCCCAGCGCAAACUGGUGGAAGGCCGACGGUACGCAAGAGGGAUGCCACAUAGAUGUGUCGACUCAAGCCCAGAUCAUUGGAUACCUUGAUACGCAGCUCAAGAACCGUUCCCUGUCGACGAAGAUUGCCGCCUCAGAUGAGUCUUACUAUGACCAAGCAGUCAAUAAUUUGAAAACCAUAGGCAGCAGUGCCCUUGGAAAGAUUUACCGCGUCAAUGUGCACGGGUACCAGGGCGGAAGUGGUGAUAGGGUUGGCGUCAACAGCCUUGCUACCGCUGCUGGCAAGGGGGUCUACAACAGCGAGUAUGGAGACGGUGAUGCCACGGGCCAGCAGAUGGCAAGUAACCUCAUUUUGGAUUUCCGUUGGCUCAAGCCUCAGGCCUGGAUCUAUUGGCAGGUCCUCGACCAAGGUGGCUGGGGGCUGAUUAACGCCGACAACGAUGCUAAGACGCUUGGAGGCCCAACACAAAAGUACUUUGUCCUUGCUCAGUUUGCACGACACAUUCGCCCUGGCAUGCGAAUCCUGGACGGUGGCGCCGACAAUGUCGUUGCUGCAUACGAUGCCACCAACAAGAAGCUUGUCAUCGUAGCCGUAAACUGGGGCAGCGCGCAGUACCUCAACUUUGACCUGUCGAAAUUCAAGACCAUUCCUCAGACGAACGCGCCGGUGACUCGGUGGUCGACGCAAAUUGGUUCUGGAGAACAGUAUGGAAAACAUUCCGACACUGUAAUUAACGGAACCAAAUUCUGGUCGUAUUUUGGAACAAACGUUAUUCAGACGUUCGAGGUCUCCAACGUUGUGGUGUAG